ACCUAGCAGCAUGUUUUAUUUAGAACACCACCUCAAUUUUAGACAAGUUAACACUUUACCUGCUCAUUCUCUCGGACCGUCCGACCAAUUCUCACAUAAAAGGAAGCCCCUGUUGGGCCUGGCCUCGUCUUCUACAUACAAUUGAAAGGCCCAGUCUCUAAAUAAGCCUGGUCGCUUAUCCUCAUACUACGAUGAGAGCCCAGUAGCGCUUCAUCGUCACUAUCUCUGUCAUCAGCUUCAACAAAGGCUUCGAACGAAAGAUUCCAUCAUCGAUCUCUGCUACAAUCAAUUCCUCCCAACGGAAACCUGCAUUGAUGAUGAGAGACAGAAGACUAGCUCCUCCGAGGUCUAUAUCAAGAACUGCUCAGAACAAAGAAGGUGACGGUUUUCCUUUUCUCAGUAAGAGUGUGGAUCUCUUUGGGAGUCUAGGUCUGGGUCUGUGUAAGUGUCUGGAAAGCUUGAGUUGGGGCCGUGUGCCAGGGACUCAAGCUUAUCCGGGCAUAGCUUUCAUUCUCGCCUUGUUAUCUUGGAUCUUCGUUAAAGAAUUGUUGUGUCUCAAUUCAGUGUUGUGUCUCUUCAAUUGAAUAUGUAUUAGGUCUCCCUAUUUCUCGAGUGUUUCAAUUGGAAUUGUUUUUCCUUCUUACUGCGCGUUCUCUUAAUCUAAUCUACCAAGGGAUUGGAACUUGAUACAUAGUGAAAUAUCAAUUGGUAUCAGAGCCUCCUUCUCAUAAGAACUAAGAGUUGCUGAGAAGGAGAUCCUCUGCUCACCAUGUCUUCAAGUUCAUUUCCAACCAGCUCAAACCCCCCCGUGGUUUUUUGGUUCCAAUUACUCUGUAUGGAAAAAGAGAAUGUGACUGUUCCUUCGAGGAAUCGAUUUUGAGUUAUGGGCAAUUGUCCGAAGUGGACCAAUUGACAUGAAAGAGGAUGAUGAGGACGAAUGGUCAGAUGAACAAAAGAAAAGUGCUCAACUAGAUUCUAGGGCAAUGCAUAUCUUACUUUCUGCUAUAUCUGAAGAUGAGGGUGAAAGAAUUAAUAAAUGUGAGUCUGCUAAAGAAAUUUGGUCAAUCCUAGAAACAACACAUGAAGGUACAUCAGAAGUCAAGGAAACUAGAAUUGACUUGUUGCUUAAAGAAUACGAAACCUUUGACAUGAUCUCUGGUGAAUCCAUUUCUGAUAUGGAUAAGAGAUUCUCAACCUUAGUCAACAUACUUAAGGGAUUAGGUAAAUCAUUUACAAGCAAAGAGCUUGUUAGAAAAGUUCUCAGGUCACUUCCUCUUGAAUGGAUGGCCAAGAGAACAACCAUUGAGGAAGCCAAAGACCUUAAUGUUCUCUCACUGGAAAAUCUCAUUGGAUCCCUCCUCAGUCAUGAGGAAGUUCUCAAACAUAUGAACACUCUCCAUGACAAGAAAAACAAAACUAUUGCAUUUCAGUCAGUUUGCUCUAUAGAAGAAGAAAAAUUAGAUGAGGAUUUUGAGAACGAACUUGCCCUUACCAGUAAGAAACUUCAAAGAAUGAUAAAAUACAAGCAUGACCUUAAUGCUAAAAGGGGAGGAAAUGCUUACCCCUCCAGAGCUUCUGGAAACUCAGCACAUCAUACCUCAAAAAUUCCUGGACAUCACACUAUUGGAACAAAGGAUAAGAAUUCCUUUGCUUCCAACAGAACAGACUUUGGUCCUAGAGACACAAAAACAUCAAAUGACAAAUCUGACUCUACAAUUUGUUUUAAAUGUGGCAAAACAGGGCACAUCAGAGCAAACUGUCCUCUGAAUAAAAGGAGAGAGCAAGCAAUGACUGCUUCGUGGAGUGACUACAGCUCUGAAGAGGAAUCAGAAGUAGUUGCCUACAUGGGACUCAACUCCUGCUCAGGAGAGGAACCAAUCUCUGAAAAGGUAUGGUCAGAUUCCUACUCAGAUUCUGUCUCAGAAACGUGCAAUGAAGACUUCUUUCUUCAUGCUCUAUCAAACCUACAAAAUGAAUGUAACCUGUUGAAAAGCAAAUUCUGUCUUACUAUCACUCAACUGCAUGAGAAAGAAACAGGAAUCAUUCGACUUCAGAAGCUUGUAGAAAGUCAACAAGUUGCUCAAUUCACUCAAGACACUCAAGUAACUAAUCUUAUUGCAGAAAACAAAGAACUUAAGAAGAAAAUUUAUCAAAAACAGAAACUGUUGAAUCAAAACUUUUGGAAGCACAAUCCAGAUCUUAAAACUCACCACCUGGAUGACUCUUACAGAUACAUGAACCCCCAGAAACACUCUGAACCUCAAAGAUAUCCACUGUUUUGUUCAAAUUGCAACUUGCCUGGACACAACCAGUCUUAUUGCUUUUACAAGAAAUCAAAACCCAAACUUGUUUGGGUUGUUAAAACUUCUAACUAAUCUCUUUUCAUUUCAGAACAAUAAAAGUGGUAACAUCUGGUACUUAGAUUCUAGAUGUUCUCACCACAUGACAGGUAACAAAGAUCUGUUUACUUUUUUAAACCCAAAAAGAGGUGGUAAGGUGUUCUAUGGCAAUAAUAAUUGUGCUUCUGUCGUUGGAAAAGGAACUAUUAAUGGGAAUUCAUCCUUAAUAAUUGAGGAUGUUCUCUAUGUUGAAGGACUAAAACACAACUUGCUCUCAAUAAGUCAAAUUUGUGGGUCUACCUAUCGUGUUAUUUUUGACCCGUUUUGCUGCAUAAUAGAACGCAUCUCUGAUAAUGUAGUUAUAUUCAAAGGCAAGAAAAUAAACAAUGUUUAUACAGUUGACUUAUCCACCAUAGACAUCUCUGAGGAUAUCUGCUUAAGCUCAAUUUCUGACUCUGUAAUAAACUGGCAUAGAAAGCUGGGACACAUGAGCAUAUCUAGACUUGCCAAACUAUCCAAACUAAACAUUGUUAGUGGACUGCCUGUAAUCAAGGCUUCAGACAACUUUACAUGUGAAGCAUGCAUACUAGGAAAACAGUGUAAAAAGUCAUUCAAAAACAAAUAGAAUAUUACAUCUAAAGCUCCAUUUGAACUAUUGCAUAUGGAUUUAUUUGGUCCCACAAACGUCCAGAGCCUUGGUGGUAAAUCCUAUGUAUUUGUCAUAGUUGAUGAUUAUUCUAGAUUCACUUGGGUGUUCUUCCUGGCAUCAAAAAAUGAAACUUUUCUCAAAUUCAAGUCAUUUGUCACUUUAAUUCAAAAUUAAUAUGAUUGCAUAGUUAAAAGCAUCAGGAGUGAUAAUGGUGGUGAAUUUAUUGAUGAGUGCUUUUCUUGCUUCUGUGAUGAACUUGGAAUUUUACAUACCUUCUCUGCCCCCAGAAAUCCACAACAGAAUGGUGUUGUGGAGAGGAAAAACAGAUCCCUCAUAGAAACUGCUCGCACCAUGUUGUUGGAGUUUGACUGUCCCAAAUUUCUUUGGGGAGAAGCUGUGAAUACUGCUUGCUAUGUCUUAAAUAUAACUACGGUUAGAAAAGAAAUCAACAAGACACCCUAUGAGAUUCUAAAAGGAAAAACCCCAAAAUUAUCAUACUUUCAUCCAUUUGGUUCCAAAUGCUUUAUACUAAACACAAAGGAUACUGUUGGAAAGUUUGAUGCUAAGUCAGAUAUAGGAAUUUUCCUUGGAUACUCCAGCAAAGGUCAAGCUUAUAGAAUUUUUAAUAAAAGGUCAAGAAAAGUUGAGGAGUCUGUGCAUGUUCGGUUUGAGACCUCACAUCCAUCACUGCCCUUACACUCUAAUCUUGAUAACUAUGAUUUUCUGCCUCUUAGCUCACCUAUUGAGACAGGUAACAACCCUGAUGUUGAAGAAUCUCCUAAAACUGAGUCUAACAACUCAGUGCAGCCAUUGGCAGACUCUACUAGACUUCAGGACAGUGUGGAAGCUCCACCUCAUAUCAGAAAACGACAUCCACCCUCCCUAAUCAUAGGUAAUCUGACUGACCCUGUUCAAACAAGAGGAAAGCACAUACCAGGUCAGUAUGCAUUUGUCUCUAUGCUUGAACCUAGAAAUUUUAAGGAAGCCAUCUUGGAUGAAGAAUGGCUGCUUGCUAUGCAAGAAGAGCUUUCUCACUUCAUUAGACUGAAAGUUUGGGAACUUGUUCCUAGACCUCUUAACAUCACCAUUAUAGGCACAAAGUGGAUUUUCAGAAACAAGUCUGAUGACCUAGGAUACAUAAUUAAAAAUAAAGCUAGGUUAGUUGCUCAAGGUUACAACCAAGAAGAGGGAAUAGAUUAUGAUGAAACCUUUGCACCUGUAGCCAGGCUUGAAUCAAUUAGGCUUCUCUGUGCUUAUGCCAGCCACAUGAAUAUCAAAUUAUUUCAAAUGGACAUAAAGAGUGCUUUUCUUA